GGGCAGGUGUUGGUAUGCACUCAUUUGAAAUUGAACCAUUUGAAAAUACAGCUCUCAAAACAUUGAGUACAUCGGAAUAAAAAACACGAUACCUGUCGUAAACUAGCAGGUAACAGCUAGUUAGUUUCAGUGGUUAGGUAGAAAUAAAAAUGGAUGUGAAUUCUUCUUCAAAGAUGAAAGAUGGAAGGACUCCACCUCUGCGUCGGAGCAAAAUCUCAGACAAACGGGUUGAAGCGCAGAACAGUCCAUCAAAACAGGUCUGGGAUGACAAUGACAAAUAUACUACAAGACAAAAGCCAUUGUCCAGGCUUGGACAUCCUCUGGAGAAAAAACUUGAACAAGAGAAGGUGGGGAGGUUUGUACUGAUCAAUGAACACAACAGACUCACACAGGCUGUGAAGGAAAAAAAAGCUAAGUUAAAGAGGCUGCAGGAGUCACUGAAAGCAAUGAAACUUCAGCCCGCAACUUACAACAAUGAAGACACAUUGAAGCAGCAUAUACGACAGCUGGAGAACAACACAGAGAAAAUGAAGAAGAAGACCACAGAGGCAAAGAAGAUCCAGGUGACCUAUCACCACAUUUGUGAGAACCUGCAGCAGGAGGUCCGUGAUAUUUACCAGGUCCUGGAGCAGAGAGAGUGUGCGGUUGCCGAUAGACAGGCAAAGGUGGACAAUGUUACCAAAAUGCUUCAGUCGGCAGAAGCUGCUGCAGACGGCACACUGGGCAGGAUGGUUCAGGUGGAACAUGAGACAAUGGAAACAAGAAGAGAAAUGUCUGGUCAUCUGUGUGAACUGAGUACAGAAGUAAAGGAGCUAAAAAAGGAUAUGGAAACAUUUGGGCGUCUGAGCCCACGAGGACAGAGCAGGAUGAAAGAGCGGGAAACUGAAGAAGAGGAAGCACGUCCAGAUUCUGUUGAAGAUCAGCAGUGUUAUGACCUCAGUGGUGCUUCAGGGUAUGACAUGAAACCAGUCAAGGAUAUGGAGCCUGUGAGUGAAGCUCUGGGCUGUGCUGAUGUCCAGAAGCUAGUUAACAAGAUGGUGUCACAGCGAGCUACCGAGGAGCAGCUGGCCACUGAGAAAACCCAGUACGAUGAACUGAUUGAACAGGACGCCCAAAUCCUGGCUGAUCUGGACCUACAGUGUGCCGAACUCAAGUUCAGUGAGAAACCUGCAGCUAUAAGGUUUGAAAAGCUGAAGAAACAAAUCCAGGCAAAGCCUGUAGGGAACCAUGUUGAACGACUACAUGCCAGUCUGAAGCAUUCUCAGGAUCUGUUGGACACUGUUGAGCAGGGGGUCAACACCCUGUACUUCCGGAUGAGCUCCGUGCCCGUGGAGGGGUUCCGCUGGCCAAAAUGUACUGACUGCACAGACAAACUGAGAGACAUCAGCACACCCCUAUCAACAUUACUGCAAAGCACAUCGAUGCAGACACCUGAGACCAGAGACAUGGACCAAGAGACGUUAUACAGUUUGCUGGAAAGUUUCAAUACGAUGGAGCUGAGUAACAACAAGAGACCGACCACCCCUACAGACGCUCCCCAGCUGAGUGAUGAAGAAGAAGAAGAGAGCUGUCCAUCCCGUGAUGACAUCAAACUCUGCAGUAUUAGACUGAUUGAAGCCCAGCAGAGCAAGAAGUCCUCGAGGAGAGUCAAGCUGUAGUAAAGAUGCAGACCACACAGUGGGUUUAAUAAGGCUAAUGAAAUAAACAGGAAAACAGCAGGA